AUGUCAACAGCAGCCGUAGGGUCGAGUUCAAAAGCUGCCGCAAAGACAACAACUCCAGGUUUCACUAAUGAAAAAUCCUUAUACAACCCAGAUGGGACUUUAAAGAAGAAAUCAAAUAAAAAAUCAAGUGAAAAAUCUAAGAAAACCACUGAAGUCCCAGUAAAAGGUCAUCUUCACACGCCACACAAUAAACCACUGUCACAAAAUCAAUAUUACCAAGGUACUCAGGAAAAUACAACAACUUCAACUUCACAAACUCAAGAAAGAAUAAGAAUACAAGGUCAAACUGCUUACUACGAACAACCUCCUCCACAAUAUUAUGCUGCUCAGGGUCCUCAAGCGAUUCCUCAAAUGGGAACACCGCAAGCACAUGCUGCCGGUCAACCAAUUUAUGUUCAACAACCUCCUCUGGAAAAGAAAAAUCAAGAAUGUAUGAUGGGAUUUCUCACUGCAUUAUGCGUCUUCUUAGGUAUCUUUUUAUUAUUCAUUUAG